AUAUACUCUAGGUCGCAAGGAACACAGCUCACAGAGGUAGUUAUGUAGCAACGGUUGACUGUGCGCGCGUCUCUUGGGUCACUUCUUCCAGGGCCACGCAGUAAAUUCUGGCAAACAGGCAGGUCGCCCUUUCCCUGUGUUGAAACGCUGUUGCUGCGCCGUUGCGCAGUCAACAGUCGACAGUGUGUUUACCAGCACCUGGUCCUUCACAACAGCUGUACAUACAGUGCCAUCGUUACUUAGUUAGCACCACGGCUUUAUCUUUCAUACCAAAAGGUCACUCAUUGAUCCUCUAGUCUCUAGCUCUUCCAACAUUCUGUGACUGAAGUGUCACAAUGAACGCCGAGCUUGUCCUGCGAUACGGGCCUGGCAUGUCCUUCUACCGGUCUCACCUCCAGUCACCAGACUUAACUCAACCUGACAGCAAUACCGCGAACGUGUCACUGAGGAGAUACUCUUCGACUCUCCGCACUCUGGAAACGACCAAUGAGAUGCUGAUUCAAAAGAUCGGCAAGCUACGAACGAACACCCAUCGACUCCGACACGAUCUGAUGAACCUGGAACUGCACGUAAAAGCAUUCAACCGCGAGCUCUUGGCGACAUGGCAGGCAGACGCAUUGACGCGACUCAUCGAGGUUAUAUAUGAGCGCCACGGCUGGAAGUUUCCCGGCAGGGUUGCCGUUGGCGACCACAUCUACCUGCCCCGUGAAACCCUCUCCACAUUGUACUUGAAGGCCUUAGUGAGGAUCAAGAAGGAGACGGUUACGAAGAGGUUUGGGCUGCCGAUGCGGUACUGGCAUGCUCUACAGAGAUACCAUGAAGUCACUCAUUUACGGAGCACCAAUCCCAGCCGAACUGAGAACAGCUUCGCUCGAUGGUUGGUCUCCGUGAAGGAGGUGAAUCGGGGAGCGUAUCGAUUCUGGGGCAGAUUGUUUCCUCUCUGCUAUAACAACCGGUCCGUCGAGCAGAGCGCCACUAUCUUUUGACUAGCAGCCAGCCCUCCCGCGAGGUUGAUUUUCCUUGAUUGCAGGACCCUGCCUUCGAACAAGAAUCUUCGGAUAGAUAGCUUCG